UAAAACAUAAAGAAUGGCUCCUCUAUGUAGACAUAAAUUUAUAAACAAUUCUGAAUGAUAUGUGUUUUUCAUUCAUUCUUGAUUUAAAACCUGCAAUGGAAUGCCAGUUUUCAGUAUAAUUUCUAUCUCUGUUUUUACAUGAGGCAGUUCCAGAUAUCCCUGUUUAUUCCUUUUUCACAUAUCUCUCAGUUUCCCUUAGACGAAAUACAUCAACAUUAUGGUUAGAAAUAAGAGAUGGGGCAUAACAAUACCAGGAUUGUGAUCUAGACUUAACUCAUCAAAUUGAGAAAGGUGUGGUCCGAAGUUGAGAUUACCACUGUUAAGAAGAUAACGUGGGAUUUCCAAUAGUUCUGUGUAUCUAGAUAGUUAAAGCACAAUAGGAUGACAAUAUUGCUUUCAUCACUUCUAUCUUGUCUGAGUACAUUUUAUUGUGUGGGGAUGCUUGGCUGCGAUGUCUUCAACAGCUGUAGAAAGAACUGUCAGAACAUUUUUUCAUAUGAUCAGCUUUGUGAUAACACUAAAAACCUGAGGGUUUUUGCAUUUUUAAUUUUCUUUAUUGUGCAAUAUUCAAAAGAUAUUUCUUUUUGAAUGCCUUGGAAACUUUCUUUGCAAUUUGAUUGUUAAAAUGUAUAAACAGAACCAGUGAAUUGCUUUGUCACUGUUACAACCUCAGCGACUAUGUUACAACCCCAAUGACAGUUACAAACUGCUGCAGCCAGAGAUAUAUACAGCAGCAUUGACUCACUCAGACAAGAGAACACUGCAGUAUCAAAAUUAUUGUUGGCUACUGCCAUGGAUAUUGUUAAAACAAUGACUCACUGUAACAAGGACUAGGAUAACUGUUGGCUGCUGCUAUAGGAGUGACCAGAGCUUGUGACUCACUCCACCCGGCAAUCUAAUAACAUGAGGUAGGGUUACACUAGUGGGAAUUAGGUCUGUUUUCAAUUAACUCUAGUGGCAUGAUUUUGUUAGUGUGUGGCUGAAAUAUAGCCCAGCCACUUAAUUCUGGGGCAGGGACAUGUGGUGGCUGGUGAUAUACUGUUGUCAAGUGUAGGUUGCAGUUUUUCCAUGUGACAUUUUUGGGGAGUUAGUUGGUGUGAGAAGAGAGCACCAGCAGGAAUGGAGUUUAUCAGAAAUCUAAUCAACAGUCGUCUGCGCACCUCGAGGUCCCAUGAGUCUUUGCUUCACCCCCUGUCCAGCAUGCACUCUGUGGACCUGAGCGCGCCAGACAUCCAGAUCAAGCCACUCCACAGCAGUAUCCUGGGACAAGACCACUGUUUUCAGGUGUCCACCAGUAACGGGACAAAAUACUACUCCUGUCGGACGGCAGAGGAGAGACAGAAGUGGAUUGAAUGUUUACGCAAGACAGUUCAUCCAAAUCAAGAGCAGAGUCGGAGGACAGACAACUCCUUUCAGUUGUGGAUUUUAGAGGCUAAAAAUGUCACUUCUAAGAAAAGAUAUUUCUGUGAGGUGUGUCUGGACAGGACACUUUAUGCAAGGACAUCCUCAAAAUCCAAGGGAGAGAUCCUGUUCUGGGGAGAAAACUUUGACUUCAAUAAUCUUCCUGCCAUAGAAACUGUGACUGUGAACAUUUACAGAGAAGCUGACAAGAAGAAAAAGAAGGACAAGAACCAGCUAAUAGGUUAUGUGAAUAUCCCAGUGGAUGAGUUGAAUAACAGGCAGCUUGUGGAGAAAUGGUACACAGCAAGUUCAGGGACAGUUGGAAGAGCAGCCAAGGAAAAUAAAAGUGAUCUCCCUCUAGUACGUCUCAAGGCACGCUACCAGACUGUACAGAUAUUACCCAUGGAUACAUAUCAAGAAUUUAUUCAGUACCUGAGCACAGACUACAUGUGUCUGGUGGAGGUUCUGGAGCCAGUGAUCAGUGUCAAGGCCAAGGAGGAGAUCGCCAUGUCCAUGGUGAGGAUCAUGCAGAGACUGGGGAAAGCUGACCACUUUCUGCCAGACAUCGUCAUGGGAGAGAUUGAUAAGCUGGAUAAUGAGCACCUUACAUUCCGUGGGAACAGCAUUGCAACCAAGUCUAUAGAAGCAUACAUGAAGUUAGUGGGAGAGAAGUAUCUACAAGAUACACUGGGUGAAUUUGUUCGCUCUAUGUUGGAGUCCACAGACGACUGUGAGCCUGACCCCACCAAGGUCACCAACAACAAUGUCCUCCAGCGCCAUCAGGCCAGCCUGGUGAUGUAUUGUGAGAUGGCCUGGGUGAAAAUUAUCAACUCCGCAUGUUAUUUCCCAAGAGAGCUGAAGGAUGUGUUUGCACAAUUUCGAGAUCGCUGUGUGAACAGAAAGAGAGAAGAUGUUAGUGAUAAUCUGAUCAGUGCCUCCAUUUUCUUGCGCUUCCUCUGCCCUUCCAUCAUGUCCCCCAGUUUAUUUGGCCUCACACAAGAAUUUCCGCAAGACAAAGCGGCUAGAAAUCUGACACUUAUAGCAAAAACUAUACAAAAUCUGGCAAACUUUACAAAGUUUGGUGGAAAGGAGGAAUACAUGGUGUUCAUGAAUGAUUUUGUUGAGAGAGAAUGGGGAACAAUGAAGCAGUUCCUUACCAAAAUCUCAAACCAGGAGAAGGCCCCAGAGCUGAUGGAGUAUGAUGGCUACAUUGACCUGGGUAAAGAACUGUCCAUUAUGCACUCCUUACUGGUGGAGAGUCUGGAAAAGUUAAAUGAGGCCACAGAAAUCAAGUUAGCCAGGCUGCGCACCAUUUUGGCCACAGUGUCUGAAGCUUUAAAGAACCCUGAGCCAACUCCCAAAAAACCUGCCCUAAAUAACGUCCAGAUAUAUGACAAUCUGAUGAACAUUAACAAUGGGCGUCAGGUGCACACAGAAAUGCACACGCAGGAAAACAUUAUUCACACAGCGGUGCCUUCGUCGCCGUAUACGAACCAGGCUGGAAACAGGAGGCCUGUUGCACCAGAUCUGAACUCAACAGACGAUUAUGUUUUAUUUCACGAUUUCAAAGAAAAUUCACGGAGGUUUGACGUCUCAUCAAGAACAAAUGUUACUGCUGAAAGGUCAGUCGUUGACCAAUCAUGGAAUGACAUUUUGCAUGCUGCGGAACUAGUCAAUGGGGAGUAUGUGGACCUGAUAUCUUACAUGGAUGAUGUGGUUGGGGAGGAAAAAAGAGGACGGGCCACAACAGACCAAAAUAUGAAGGGCAGCCAAACGUCCAUUAGUCAGCUGUCCACGGUGGCGUCUUCUGGGUAUCAGUCGUUUGGGUACAGUCAGUCCAGCUCCCCCGUGGACUCUCUGGUACCCAAUGAUGGAGACAACGGAAAGUCUCCUCCAUUAGCCCAGCCUCUGUCCUUUGCCAACCCAAUGUAUCACCAUAAACAUGCCCAGUCCACACCAAAAUGUAGCACACCUCGUAGAGACUCCAGUGCUAGCUCUCUCAGCAGCAUGGAUGAGAAAGACUCAAUAUCAAGUAGACAGUUAGUUACCAAACAAACUACAGGUAAACCAUACACACCCCAGCAAGUAAGGGCUUCAACACAAAGGGUUAUGGUUAGUUCCAGCAGUAGUGAGUCUAUAGCCACCCCGCCACGGGAUCGGCGCCAGGUCAGAAAACCUCCUAUGGAGUCCCCCUCUCACUAUGCAAGGGUGAACCCUUCACCAAAAGUUGAAAAAUCAAUUCAGAAUGGACAGUCUGCACUUGAAUGCCAACCGGCCUCGUUUAAUGACCUAGCACUUCAGUCACUUAUUCUUUCGCAGAGCCAUGACUCUAGCUUGAUGGGAAGGAAGAGGUAUGAACUUAGGCGAACUGCCACUGACACUUCAAUAUCAUAUCGACAGCCUCCUUCUGCAAAAGAGCAGCCAAUAGUACCAUCUUCAAUGUCAAUGCAAACUAUGCCUACAUCAACAUCACCAGAUGACUCACUGUCUGCAAAGUCCCCUGACAGUCCACGCGGGGUUACGUCUCCAAGCAGGCGGCCAUCUUUACCUCAGACAGGCGUACACAUGGGCAUACGAUCUGUGCAGAGGAAGAUAAACGAUCAGGAUAAAACAAAGAUUGAGUAUGAGCAUGAGCUGAACCACUUGAGGCAGCAGCUUUUUGAAGCAGAGCGAAGGUUGCGGGAGGCAGAAGAGCAACUGAGCGGACAUGCUGAACAUGACCAACAGGUGGCGCAAGAGUGGCAGAAAAAGCUGGAGGAGAGUGAGGAAAAAUUACGCCAACAGCAGGCUGAAAAAGACCAGCAAAUGAAAAAUAUAAUUCAAAGGUUGAUUAGUGUGGAGGAGGAAUUGCGCAGAGAGCACGCUGAAAUGCAGAAGCUGGUCACGCAGAAACAAAAAAUUGUCGAAGCACAAGAGCGGCGCAUUCAGUCCCUGGACUCUGCGAACACACGCCUCAUGACAGCCCUGAGCCAGCUGAAGGAAAGGUACCAGGGAGUUGGAAAAAAUGGCGUCAUAUCCCCCUGGAACCACCAGGGCCAAGUUUGCGCUGUCUGACGCGGACUUCAAGACAAGCUCUUGUUAACAUUCUACAUUGCACAAGAUGAGAAAAGAAAAGUACCAUUUUAGUGUACAAUAUCUGGGUUAUUUGAAGAUGGACUUUGGUCCAACGUCUGUUCCAUCCUCCUUCUUCAAACCCAGUUUAAAAGUUUUCACUGCAGAAGAUGGUUAAUGACAGUUUUUCAAACUGAGAAUCUUCUAAGAUUCUGAAAUCAUAUCUUAACGUGAAACCCCUAACUGUUAAGAGGGCAAAAUAUGUUGCAGAAAUCAUCUUCGAACACUUAAGUGAGGAUUAUCAGACUUUUCUGCAUUUCAAUGGAUGUUUAACAGCAAUUUGCAAUUAUAAGAGCUGGACUCGAAGUUGAAAAAUUGUCCAAAGGUUUUGUUUUCUUUUCAUAAGGUUCAUGCAAAAAAAAAGAGAAACAAAUUAAGAAAAUUAUGAUUGGGAAAUGCUAUUGUUAUGCACUUCUUCCAACAAUAUGGCAAAUAUCAGCGGGAGAUAUUCGUACAUUUUCACAAAGAGAGAAGAAAAUUGUCCGUUUCACAGUUGCCUUAUUCGGUGUUUUAUAUGUAGAUAAAUUUUCCCGUAGAUCUGAUGUGAAUAUUAAGAAAUCAAAAUGUCAUACUUAACUCUGUGUGUGUGUCGUAAGCUUUAGUGUCACACCCUGACAUGUACAAUCAGUGUCAGCGUUUGUCAACAGCACUGCCAUUGAAAUUAUUGUGCAAUAUUAUUUACCAAGUAACGGCGGGUUUUGUUUUUCAUUUGGUGCUAAAAUUAUGUCUAGUUUAUUAUAUGCAAUUUGUAUAAUGAUCUUUGAGGAAUAGUUUAUUCCUUAUCAGUUCUGAAAUGAAAAUUAUUUCGAACCAUAUGUUAGUAUGAGAUAAGUAAGAUGGGCAUCAGAAUUUCUGUAGCAAAAAAAAAAAGAUAAUUUUCCGAUUAGUUCCCAGGAUAAAAAGAAAAUAAGCUGUUCCCAAGCAAUGGUAUCUUGUUUAGAAAGCUGCAAAUAAUUGUAAUUAUACGUACAUGUUCAAUUCUACGCAAUGUGUUCAGAAGGUAUGGGCUAUUUCCCUGCUAGUGUUCAAGGUCUUUCUAUAUGUAUAUAAUAAUGUUGUUAUUGUAAAUUUUGUCACAAACUAUGCUACAUGUACAUGUGUAUGGGCAAUGCUGGUACUUGUCAUACAGAGCAUUGUGUUUGUUACAGAGCUGUGAAGACUUGAAAGUCAAUCAACCCAGUUUGUAUCUGUUUUUCAUGGAUAGAAGGCUUUGUAAAGAAGAACUGGCCUUAACAACGCUGUGUCUUAUCUAGGGUGUGUGAGUCAGGUCACUUGUAACUUAACCCUUUCAUUCCUCACUCCUUUCAUUCCCCACCCUGUGCACAUUUCACACUGAAUUGGGCAAAUAGAUAUCUUCAUUUUAAGAUUUCUCUUUUACUUUGUAGAACAAUAACAUUGACAAAUUGUUUGUGCGUUAGUUAAAAUUUGGUUGUUACUUUAACCCAAAGCAUACUUCCCUAGUUAUCAAGGUACCAGUAGACACAUUUGGGUCAGGUUUUUUUUUUAUAGAAGUCUUCACUGGUCAUUCCAUCCUCUAUAAACAGCAUCCAACUUAAUAGAAACCUUUUCACAAUAGGUCUGAAGUUUUUUGGACUUAGCUUAGACGGCUUAAUUCAACCAGUUACGAAAAGCCAACUUUGUUGCAUUAGCCCCUUGUGUUUUACCAAUGAUUGGUCCUCACAAUCAAUGUAAUGAGAGAUUUAGUCAUCUAUGGAGAGGAAAAAGCCAUUGACAAGACAAUCACAAUUUGCAUAAGGGGCCUUAGUGAAAAGACAGAACCCUUUUGGGUUCUUCUUCAAAGCCAAUUUGUCAGCUAAGAUUCAAAGAACUGUUUUCUAAGACCAAUUUCGAUUUCAUUGGUUUAGUGAAACGGGCCACCGUCAACCAACUGAUAACAGUCGAGGUUCGAUAUUUUCACGUACAAUGCCCAUUGUCAUGUUAUGUAGGUGUGUGUAUAUUUUGUACAUAGUCUCUAGUGUAUGUACAUCUCUCCACCAGGUGGCAUCCUCAAUAGUAGUCACUGUACUUUGUUGCUAACCUGUAGUGAUAGCUGUUGUGGAGUGUCCAUCCUGACUGGACAGUGUCCAGCCCAUUCAGCCGGACACCUUGGAGGUAUCUCCAUAUAUUUAUUAUGCUGGUAUUUAUUACUGUCCUGGCAAGGCUUCCGUCUUUUCUUUAAGAUGGAGGAAUUAAUAAAAAGUCCAAUGAAAAAAUA